AUGUAUACUAUCGACACUCGCAAGAGGAAAAGGAUCUAUGAGGAGCCGGAUUCCGGCAAGCGUGCUCGGACCAGAGGGUGGGUUCGACAAGAGGUCGCGACCGUUUUCUUGGCUCGUCCGGCUAAACCAAGUAAGAAACUGCCUCCAAUUAUGGCCGUCAAGUCGGUAGAUUUGUCGGAAUCCGCGGCUUUGGCUAACGAAAGUCGACUUCUCAAGAAAUUUCGGAGCUGCCCUUUUAUCUUAAACACGUAUGGCAGCGAUGUGACGGUAGAAGUUGAAGAUCAGAAGGUUGUUCAACGUUUUCUUGGAGAUACUGGGAUUGGCUCUCGCGUUGCAAAAAUCGGGGAUUUCGGGCUAGCAAAGACGGCUGCCAAAGACAAUGUGAUGAAGCGUUCUGAACAAAUACAUGGCACAAGAUUGUAUACGUCUCCAGAAAUGUCAAUGCAAAACAUUCAAGAGCCGCCGGCUGACAUUUGGGCAUUAGGCUGCAGUGUUCUGCAGAUGCUGACUGGGAAAUUAUAUUUGGAUGUCAACACUGACUCAAAAGAUGACUGGGGGUAUCCGAUUGAAAUUCCGAUUAUACCGGAUGAGCUAAACGAUGAGGAGGUGCUUCAUAAUGAACCCUUUGGAGAGGUUCACGGCUGA